ACAAUUUCUUCCAUUCAACAAUACCUCUUUAACAAGGCUCCUUUAUUGACAACGUAAUACCUGAUAUUGACAAACUAAUCUUGGGGAACGCUGUAAUGGAGGACAAGGUCCAGACACACAUACACAAUGAAGACGGCACGGACCUCAAAGAGGUGAAGGAGACCAAAGUGGUCGCGGGCAACGAAGCUUUCGCCAAAGCGAUGAUUGAGGAUCCUCCCUCGGCAUGGAGUCGGGGUCAGAUCUUGAUCUACUGCUUCUCUUUCGUCGGCUUCCUCUGCAGCACAAUGAACGGUUACGAUGGAAGCUUGAUCAACAACCUCCUUCAGAACCCCUGGUUUCGAGAUAAAUACGGUGUUGAGAGCAGCGGCAUCUGGGCAGGCAUCGUCUCAGCCAUGUACCAGAUUGGAGGUGUUGUUGCGCUACCCUUUGUUGGUCCUGUUCUCGAUGGCUUCGGUCGAAGAGUUGGAAUGCUCUCUGGCUCUGUCAUCAUCGUUGUUGGUACCAUCAUUCAAGGCCUGUCCCACUCCUCCGGGCAGUUCAUGGGAGGGCGUUUCUUGUUGGGCUUUGGCGUGUCACUCGCAGCCUCUGCAGGUCCCAUGUACGUCAUUGAGAUUAACCAUCCAGCUUACCGUGGACGUGUUGGAGCCAUGUACAACACCUUAUGGUUCUCAGGAGCUAUCAUCGCCGCCGGAUCCGCUCGAGCUGGAUUAAAUACGGGAGGAGACUACUCGUGGCUGCUCAUCACCUGGCUCCAAGCUCUGUGCUCUGGCCUCAUCGUCAUUUUUAGUCUGCUUCUACCCGAGUCUCCGCGAUGGCUCUAUGUCCACAACAAGAGAGAGGCUGCCGAAGCCAUCUUGACACGAUACCACGGCCACGGAAACUCAGAGUCACCGUGGGUCAAGCUUCAAAUUGCCGAAUAUGAAGAGUCGUUGAACUUGGAUGGCAGCGACAAGCGAUGGUGGGACUACCGUGCUCUCUUUCGUGAUAGAGCUGCUGUCUACCGUCUCUCCUGCAACUUGGCCAUCUCCAUCUUCAGCCAAUGGGCAGGAAACGCCGUGCUUUCCUACUUUCUCGGUGCAGUGCUCGAGACGGCUGGGUACACUGGAACGAUUGAGCAGGCCAACAUCACGUUGCUCAACUAUUGCCAACAGUUCAUCUGGGCCAUUCUCGGUGCUUGCCUCGUUGACAAGAUCGGACGUCGUCCUCUUCUGCUGUUCUCCUUCUCCGCAUGCACCGUCGUCUGGCUGGGCAUGACCAUCGCGUCGUCUGAAUUCUCCAAGUCUUACGUAGGUACUGAUGCGGAUGGAAAGGCAAUCUACUCCAAUACUACUGCAUCCAAGGCGGCUUUAUCCAUGGUAUUCAUCUUUGGCGCCGUCUUCUCGUUUGGAAUCACACCCCUACAGGCUCUUUACCCUGUCGAAGUGCUCUCUUUCGAGAUGCGUGCCAAGGGAAUGGCCUUUUCCAACCUUGCUGUCAAUGCCGCUGGCCUGCUGAACCAGUUUGCUUGGCCUGUUGCCAUGAAGGAAAUUGGUUGGAAGACAUACAUUAUUUUUACCAUCUGGGAUCUUGUCCAAGUUGCUCUAAUCUAUGUCUUCAUCCCCGAGACCAAAGGUCGAACUCUUGAAGAGCUUGAUGAGAUAUUUGAGGCCGAAAGCCCGGUGAAAAUGUCAACCCAGAAGAAAACAAUUGCCAUUGAUAGUCAAGGUGCAGUUUUGAAGGUCGAGAAGGUCUGAGGCUUUUUGUGUUGUUUUAUUGGGACGGUAGUGUUGUGUCUUGGAGGAACGGAUUUAUGCUAGUUGAUGUGGUUUGAAUGUGAGCGUUAAGGACUUUUGUAACAGGGCUUCUUUCUUCCUGUAGUAUAGUGUGCUUUCAAGCGGGCUUGUCAUAUGUAUGGUCUGACUAUGAAAACCCGUUAAUUAAAAAAAA